CUUAUUUGUCAGUUAGCCGGCCAGUUUCAUUUAGCAACAAAAUACUUUUAGGUUUUUUACAUCGAACGUUGAAUAUCCAAGAAAAAUGAGCGGAGGAGUGUAUGGAGGAGACGAAGUUGGUGCGAUAGUGUUUGACAUUGGCGCCCAUUCAAUACGAGCCGGCUAUGCGGGUGAAGACUGCCCAAAGUAUGAUGUCCCUACUUAUGUGGGAAUGUUAGAGGAAGAGGUUAAAGAUGAACUCAUGGAAACGGAUGUUCCUAGUGAAGAAAAACCUAAACUUCCUGAGAAAAAGUACUAUAUUGACACAAAUCACAUUCAUAUUCCAAANGAUUAUUAUGACGUCCCUACUUAUGUGGGAAUGUUAGAGGAAGAGGUUAAAGAUGAACUCAUGGAAACGGAUGUUCCUAGUGAAGAAAAACCUAAACUUCCUGAGAAAAAGUACUAUAUUGACACAAAUCACAUUCAUAUUCCAAAGGAGAACAUGGAACUCAUAAAUCCUGUUAAAGAUGGAAUGAUUGAAGACUGGGAUACAUUUGAAAAGCUGUUGGACUACCUCUAUGUCAAGGAUAUCAAAUCUGAAUCAGCCCUUCACCCAGUUCUUAUGUCUGAGGCUUCUUGGAAUGUCCGCCCAAAGCGAGAGAAACUCACAGAAUUGAUGUUUGAAAAGUACAACAUCCCAGCGUUUUUCCUGUGCAAGAAUGCAGCGCUUACAGCGUUUGCAAAUGGCAGAUCCACAGGGCUUGUGAUAGAUUCAGGAGCAACGCAGACCAGUGCUGUACCAGUACAUGAUGGAUAUGUUCUACAACAAGCUAUUGUCAAAUCUCCUUUAGCUGGGGAUUUUAUCACUGCUCAAUGUCGUCAAAUGUUUGAGGAACAAAACAUUGAAAUUGUGCCACCCUAUGUCAUAGCUAGUAAGGGUUCAUUUCAACAGAUGUGGAUAUCCAAACAAGAAUACGAAGACCAAGGAAAAGGAUGCGUAGAAAGAAAGUGUCCUUAACUCCUACGCCUUUUAUAACAAGAACUAAACUAUAUUUUGUAUUUAGUGUACCAUAGAGACGUAUCAAGAGCAUUCCUAGAGCUCUAUUAGAUCUUUUUAUCCUUCAAUAAUCUCUCUCCCUCUCUCUCCGGUCUUUUUUUCUCUGUUGAAGUGCGUUUCAUCACACCCCGUUAUCAACAACUCCCCUCCUAUUCACUCUUGCUACUCAUCUUUCCACUCGUGAAUCUCGCGAAAAUUCUCUGUAGAGAAACUGGUUUGUAAAACUGGUUAUGGGAAGCCCCUCUCCGCUAUUUCACAUCUAAAAACUGGGAGAUUGUCAGAAAACAAGGCGUUAGGCUGGGUAUCGGAGAUAAAGUAGGAUCUCUUGAAGAUGCCACAACGUAAUCUUUUGUCAUGGAAUAAAAGAUAAUUUAAGAA